GAGAGACCUUUGAUAACCCAGCAUUGUUUGAUAGUCCAGCCACUUAUUACCGGAGUAAUCGCCUAGAAAAUGAUCAAAUUCUUGACUUUGAUUGUUACUUUUGCGUGUUUGGUGACUCCCAUUGUUAGUCGAACACUAUGGGAACCAUCAGUGACAGAAAUUUCAGCCCCAUCGGAUGGUACCAUAAUCCAGCUGAAAGAAGACCAAUCCAAAAUACAGAUCGCCGGUCUAAAAGGCACCCUUGAUCGCACAUCUCUCUCAAGUCUUGGUAAAGUAACCGAGAUUCGAAUACUCAAGAAUGAAAUUCGCCAAAUCGAAACCGGGGCACUCUGUCCCUCGGAAAACUUAAAAGUGCUCGAACUGGAUCUCAGCGGAAAUAAAAACCCCCCAACACUGACCAAAGGUAUGUUCAGUGAUUGUAACCUAGAAGAACUGUUUUUGAAAUUUGACUACAACAACCCCUCCACUAUGGAUAAAAACGCUUUGGAGGGUUUGCACAACCUCAAAGUUUUGGGAAUUGAUAGUCUUCGUUUUACACAUCUGGAAAAAAAUUUUCUCGUGGUGGCUAAAAAUCUGACUUCUUUGACACUAUCGAAUAUUCAUGUUGCUACUAUCGAUGAGGAUGUUUUUGAGCAGUUCACUGAUUUAGAGGCGCUUGAAAUUGUUCAUAACAUCGAACUGGAACACAUUCCUCAAGGACUCUUCAACAGAUGUGUUAAACUCAAAACUUUGAACUUGAGAGAUAACGCAAUUAAGAAUUUAUCGUGGGACGAAUUUCAAGGGUUAAGUUCACUGGAGGAACUGAGCCUUGGUGAUAAUCGCAUUGAGAAUUUCGAUGCUGAUAAAAUUGCCAAGAAUCUCCCCAAAUUAAAAACACUGUCAGUGGAGAUAAAUGCCGCAGGGUGUGAAAAAGAGGAACAAUUUGUACGUACUUUAAAGUCCAAGUUUGACAGAUCCAUUAAUGUUAGUUCAAAUAAAAAUUAUUUCUUGUGUAACUAAAAUUCUUUUAGCUAAAGAUAAAUAAUUAAAUACUUGCACAAA